CUUAUCACAGAGGCCCAGUUAAAGUGCAGAUUAUUGUACAGCCUCCUGCGGAUUCAGCAAUUCUUUCAACAUAUAACACUCGCCUCGUAAGACAGCUUUCUCUUUUUCAGCCCUCCGUGCCUGGACACACCAGAUCUAACUUACUCCUUCCCCCCCUAAAAACAACACCACAUAACAGUAUUAAACAGCAGCCAUGACCUCCGCACAGCCGAUUUUCUCCAAAGGAGAGAACUGCAAGCAAGGCUGGCACAACGCGAAUGCCGACUACAAUGAGACCGACACACACCUGGAGAUUUUGGGGAAACCUGUCAUGGAGCGCUGGGAGACUCCGUACAUGCACUCGCUCGCGACUGUCGCCGCAUCUAAAGGUGGCCGUGUCCUUGAGAUUGGCUUUGGCAUGGCAAUAGCUGCCACCAAAGUUGAAUCUUUUCCUAUCGAGGAACACUGGAUCAUUGAGUGCAAUGACGGUGUGUACGAAAGGUUGCAAGAAUGGGCCAAAUCUCAGCCACAUAAGGUUGUUCCUCUUAAAGGCCUGUGGGAAGAUGUGGUUCCUACCCUCCCUGAUGGUCACUUUGAUGGAAUCCUUUAUGACACAUAUCCCUUGUCAGAGGAAACAUGGCACACUCACCAGUUUAACUUCAUUAAGGCCCAUGCUAAGAGGCUGCUGAAGUCUGGUGGUGUCCUUACCUACUGCAAUCUCACCUCCUGGGGUGAGCUGCUCAAGGGCAAAUAUGACAACAUAGACAAUAUGUUUCAGGAAACACAGGUGCCACAUUUGCUAGAAGCUGGGUUCAAAAAGGAGAAUAUAAGUACCUCGCUGAUGGACAUCGAACCACCAAGUGAAUGCAAAUACUAUUCCUUCAAGAAAAUGAUUACACCAACUAUAGUUAAAGAAUAAGCCAUGGGCCCAAGCAUCAAGUUCAUCACCUGUGCUUUUUAUGUCUUAGUUUUUUUUUUGUUUUUUUUUUAAAGUUGUAUAAAAUUAUAAAAUUUUGUAUGAUUUAAACUGUAUGGUGGGAAUCAUGAAAUGUGCAUAAAUAUUUAUGUGAAUAAAAAGCACAAGAUUA